UGCAGAUCCACGAGCCUAUACGGAAUCGCCCGAAAUGGGGGCCAUGUCAUCAGAGCGUUUCCAAUCAUUAACUGCAGCCUUGGUCCUUAUCCUUCUCUUUUCCGGCAAAGUCCAUCCCGAGCACGGUUUAUAUUAUGGACUGGACAAUGUCGAAACUGUAAAUUCGACUCAGUUGGAAAUGGAAUUUAACGACCCCAAUACUGGAAAGUUGGUCCUGUUCUUUAACAACUUGUUCGGAGACAGCCAGCGGUAUGUCCCCACUUUCAGAGACUUCGCCAGGACGGUGUACAAGUGGCGAAGACUCCUUCGAAUUUUUGCUAUCGACUGUGGCCAGGAACACAACGUGAAUAUAUGCAGAAUGUACGAUGUGAAAAGGACUCCUUCGCUGCGCUACUUCUCGCCAAACCAUCGAAGUAGGGCGGAUGGCUUGGGCGAGUACAUUGGCGCGUUAGGGCCUCCGGACCUUCUAUCGGUGUUGAAGAAUAAGUUAAAAAAUAUCAAGUCAACUCCCAAGCUGGGGCCAGUCUUCCACGAAAUGGACCGUAGUGAGACGGUGAAGUCAAUUUUUAGAAACUUCGGGUUGGAUGUGGAGUACCUAGUACUGGUAUACGAUGAAAAACCUGGACGUUAUCGCAAUCUAUGGUGGUGGAACUCACGUGAUCCGUGGGGUCGGCACAGUAAUGUCGAACCAAUGCAGAACGAUGCAGUAUAUGAACUGAAUCCUACGGUUUUGCUCGACCUUCUGCCGUAUAGGCAGGUGAGAGUGCGAUACCUAGACUACAUUUCUAUACUCCGCAAGUUGAAUGUGGUGAAUGAAAAGUUGGCAAUCGUAGAUCGCUUCGGAAAUGCUUUAGGACUCAGUCCAGACCGUCCCGAUAAAGAAUCAUAUGUGGAGGCUGUGCUAAAGAUCCUCGACUUCGUCCAUCAAACGCCCCAGCCUAGUCUCCUCUCCACAAUUGCCACUGCACCGAACCAAGAUUUUCUGGAAACUCCACUCCUUUCCCCCGGGCUGGACAACGGAGUCAAUCAAAACGAGGCCAGCCUAUACAACAAAGACGACAAUGUGGUAAUGCUGGACACCGAAUCGCUUCCAUCGACUUUGAGCCUGAAGUCGGUGAGCAAACUGGUGCAGUUCCUCAACAGCUUCUGUGGGGACUGCCGGCGUUUUGCGCCGAUUUUCAAGUCUUUGUCCCGAGACCUGUACCAAUGGCGGAGAGUCCUACGGAUCUAUGCAGUCGACUGUGCCCAGGAAAGGAACGUGCAGGUUUGUAGAAAAUUCGACAUCCGACAAACGCCCACGCUGAGGUAUUUUUCCUCGGAGCUCGCAGGGAAGGAGCUCGGCUUGGGUGUGGACAUACCCUCUCAAGACCCGAAGGUCAUUGUCUCAACUUUGGCGGAUCUUGUGUCAAAGGAUAAAUACGGGUCGCCAGGUCAGCCUAAUUUUGGAUUCUUAAAGCCCAACGAGACUCUAAGCUCAUUAUUUCAACACGAUGAUCAGGCUUUCGUAGCCCUCGUCUAUCAACCGAAAGAUUCUAAGAUUGGCAGGGAUUCCAUUCUUUCUCUCUUGCCGUACGACCAAGUGGCUGUGAGAGUCUUUGACGACUACCAAUUGCUUUCUCAUUUGGGUAUAAAGCCCUCCAAUCGGACAGUAUUCAUGAUUGAUCGAAAGGGCAAAACAGAGGGUCUCUCAGGAACUGAGGGCUACCAAGCAUCCAUUGGAAAGUUCCUUGAAAGUCUAAAUUACAAGCCAGUGCCUCCAUUACCGGAACCCACACAAACCGAUUCCUCUGAAUUUUUGGACCAACAAAAGCAGGCCAUAAUAGCGCAGGUGCUGAAGCAGCCUCGAAAGAUAUAUCGCGCCGAUUUGGAACAGGCCAUCGAUAAACUUCUGCACAUCGAACUUCCCAAGGCUCUCUUCCUCCGGGGGGACAACUUCACGGCCCUGUACAGCUUCCUUCGGGUUCUUAGCCAGUUGAAUCCCUUGAACAAAAAUGGAAAGGUUCUGCUAUUAGGCUUAGACAAGGCUCUGGCAGCUUUCAAUGAAACCUCCGGAUCUGAGUUUGCCGAGACUGUCGAUGCGGUGGAAAAGCCACUUGCGAAAGUUUUCAAGGGAAAACGCUAUGUUGGCUGUGUUUCCUCCAAGCCAUUUUUGAGGGGGUUCACCUGCUCCCUGUGGAGUCUGUUCCACUAUCUGACAGUGGCGGCGGGCCAGUCAGCGAACCAGCUUCCUCCGGGUACGGUCCUGUCCGCCAUUCAUGGAUUUGUCAAGUACUUUUUAGGCUGUACGGACUGCUCCAAUCACUUCCAGGAAAUGGCUAAGAGACGGCGAAUGGACUUGGUCAGGACCCACGACGACGAGAUCCUCUGGCUGUGGGCCGGUCACAACGAGGUCAACGAACGGCUGUCCGGCGAUGCCACUGAGGAUCCCCAGUUCCCGAAGAUCCAGUUUCCCAGUCCAGAGAGCUGUCCUUCUUGCCGGAAUAAUGCCUCGGAGUGGCAGACCGGAGAGGUUCUCCGAUAUUUAAAGAGCCUUUAUGGCAAGGAGAACUUAAGCUUCUAUGGCUUGCCCACCUCUCAAGGAUACGAUUGAGUUUGACUUUGGGCGGCUUGAGCGGGUUUGGCAUGCCUUACUAAACUACAAUUUAAAUAAAAUCUUACAUUUUUUCAAAAUA